AUGGACCAUUCGGAUAAUAUGCCAUCGUGUGAAGAGGAAAUUGCAACCAUAGAAGGCCUCGACGAUGCGUUCUGCGAACCUGUUGAAAUAUACAACCUUAUCGAUUAUCGUGCUUCUAUGGGACAACCGUUGUUUCUCCACAGGUGUUUGAGUUAUAAACAACAAGAAAGGUUUAAGGGGAGAUUGCAAAUGAAAGUAGUAUUACCGGUGUCUUUUAAUACUAAAGUGAUAAAUGAAGGCGUGUUCCCCGUUUGCGUGCUCUUGGCCAAAGAAGUUACCGACAAGGCAACUACUGAGGAUUAUAGUGUUCAUCUCAGUGAGAUUUUGACGCAGAGUGUGUAUCGUUUUGGACGAGCACGGAUUCUGUACUCUGAUACAACAAGAGGGAAUCAUGUCCAAGCAAGCUUCAUGCUGCCUAAAAUGGAGAAGCUAUCAGAACUGGACACCGCCUCUCUUUCCGUUAUGUUCAUCAGCUCAGCAAAACUCACCCCAGAUUGUAUGGAUUUAUCGUCAUUUCCCUCAAAUGUUGAAGGCGAUUGCUUGGUUGGAAAGGUGCCGAUUGAUUAUCUUUCUUGGACAUGGACCGACAGUGCGAGCUGGAGUUUAGGCGAGACUGCGGAUAUGCUUUUAGCUGUCGAUCUGGAUCCCUAUUAUUUGAAGUCAAGCCGUUCGGAAGCUGGAAUUCCUUCGUUCGGGCUCACGCCUACUCCUGGAGCUUCGGAUACACUGAUCAAGCGCCUUCAGGUGGGGGUUUCUGCGUGGGAAAUUGGUGUGACAGAAAGAAACGUUUAUGAUUCAUAUGCAGAACAUGCAAUUCCUAGCGGUUGCCCAAAUCUAAUUCGGUUAAGGAGUGGGAAUGUUAUCUUCAACUAUACACAGCGUGACAAGAAGUUAUUAACAACUGAAGUAACGGAGGAUUUCGCAUGUCCCCUCUGCUUUGUGAAAUGUGUUAACUUUAAGGGACUGGAAUGUCACUUAACUGCAUCUCACGACAUGUUCAAUUUUGAGUUCUUGGUGACUAAAGAGUGCCAAUCUGUAAAUGUAUCUCCCAAAUCCGACACAUGGAGCCCUAAGAUUAUUGGUCAUGGUGUUGACCCUCAGAAUCAAGCAUUCUUAUUCUGUGCAAAGUCACUUAGGCGCAGAAAGUCACAGACUGUGGUUCGAAAUGCAACGAAAACACAUAGGCCUGUCUUGGAUUUAAAAGUCAGUGAGCGUCAGUGCAAGACAGAUGGCCAUUCGCUUACACACUCAGAUCCCGGUUGCCUACAGUCAUUCCCUGGGAGCACUGAUGCACCACCCACAACACCUCAAGAUGAUUGUACAGAUAAACCUGUGGGUUCUGAUUGUGUGCAGUCUGUACCUAGAAGCUGUCUUCCUUCUCCUGAAAGGCUUCGACAUGAUAAUGCUUAUUGUGGUCAAGAUUUAAAUGAUUAUCCUGAUUCUGUGGAAUCAGCACCUGAGCUGCAGUUUCCACCUCCUGCAAAGAUUCAACAUGCACAAACAAGGAAGGUGGAAUCAGUUGCUGAUGACUCAAUGAACCCUAAUCUCAUGCAGGAAGGCAGUUUCUUUCACUCAAAAAGUGGUAAGCCAAUGACAUUGGGGGGAGUUCUUUCUGAUCAAAACAGUGAGGAUGAGGUUGAUUAUGAUCUUGAAGAUAUUGAAGAUCAAAGGAUGCUUGCUGACUUUUCGGAUGUCUCCAAGGAUGAGAAGCACGUGAUGCAUCUUUGGAAUUCAUUUAUCAGAAGGAAUAGGAUUCGGUUCAUGAGUCAUAUUAAUUGGGCAUCUAAGGCUUUUACAAAGCAGCACGGACGCGAUUUUGUGCAAGAGCCAGCACGGCUUUGGUGCUGGAGACUGUUCAUGAUCAAACUAUGGAAUCAAGGUCUCCUUGACGGCAAGACUAUGGGCACUUGUAAUAUAAUACUGGACGAGUUCCGUGGCUAAGGCAUUAGGCAUAGAAUCAUUUGAUUUGAGGACUGAAAACCAAUUCAAUCUUACAUCUCCGAAUCUAUAUAUAGUGGCAAGAGCAGACAUUGGUGAUGUGCUGCUGGCUUGUAUUUUCUUUUAAAUUUAUCAACUUGGUUGUUUUCUAUGGUUGCUGACCUUUAAAUUUUUUUUCUUGAUAGUAUAUUGACAUCUGGCAUUGCUAGCACUUCUAUCGAGUGUAAACUAUGGAGAAGAAUUCAAGUUAUUAUUGUUGUUAUCUU